UUGUAAGGGCAUUUGUUUAAGAACGUGGUAAAAAGGUGUAGUUUAUAUCUUUAAUAAUUUUGUAGUGUUUUUGAAAUAACAAAAAAAUAUGAGGCUCAGCACUUAUAACUUCUUGACAUCUAAAGCCAUAAAAGGUGUAAAAGUUGGUUUUCCACUUAAAUUAACUAUAGCUAAGCAAGACGUUGUGGAAGCAGAGUUCAAUCCAACCUUUAUAGAGCGGCUACUGCCUAGACUUGACUGGUCAGGUAUUCGCUUGGCCGCUGAAGUGGCUGGGCUCAAUGAAGAUAUUCCUGCCGAGCUACCCGCAAAUGUCGCUGAAAAUGAGGAGUUAUUAAAAAAACUACACCAUUUGUUGUUAGAGAUUGAUGUCCUUGAAGGGCAACUGGAGUGUCCUGAAACGGGUCGUGUUUUUCGAAUAACCGAYGGCAUACCGAAUAUGUUGCUGAACGAGGAUGAGGUUUAAGACGUGCUACUACUUUUUAUCCUGUACAUAUUUAGUUAUUUUUAAUACUUAUUUCUAAAUCAAAACAUCUAUGGUUUGUUAUUAAUUUUCAUAGUGACAAAAUUAAUUAAAAUUAAUUGACACAAAUAGACUCAAUUCUAAAAUCAUAAAAUGUUACUGGUUUACAAUUGAUGUUUUUGACAUGGAAGGAGUUUUAAGUGAAUGUGAUGAAGUGGGUAGAGUGAAGUUUGAAAUUCUAGCCAAAAUAUUCAGCGCUCCUCAUAUAGUAGCGAGUAAAACAUACAUUGAACAUUACCGAAAUUGAUUCGGAUUGAAAAUAAGUAAAACGCCAUUCCAACGACAGUCGGGUCUAGGUAACCGGAAUGGAAUUUUUAUCCUGCCAAAUACUGACAACGCGAAAUAAAUUCUGCCGCUACAACAACAACAAAAUAAGAAAACAUCAAAGCAGUUUAGCUCCUUAUUAAAAAUACAGCUUUA